UUUUUACACGCACAAAUUGUUUCCAAAAAAAAAUACAAAAAUAUUUAAAUAAAAAUGCCUUUAAUUGUGAUAUCUGGUUAUCCAUCAAGUGGUAAAACCAAAAGAGCUCUGGAAUUGCAGAAAUUCUUUGAAGAAAAAGGCAAACGGGUGCACCACAUUUCAGAAAAUAAAGCCAUUCCCAAGGCCGGUUUUCACAAAAACGUAUAUUUCGCUGAUUCCCAAAAGGAAAAGGUGGUUAGAAGUGAUUUGAAAUCCGAGGCUUUAAGGUUCCUAGACAAAGAAAGUGUAGUAAUAUUGGAUGGAGGCAAUUAUAUUAAAGGUUAUCGUUAUGAAUUGUUCUGUGCCACAAAAUCGGCCAAAAGUAAUCAAUGCACAUUAUUUUGUGGCAUACAAAAAGACCGCGCUUGGGAGUUUAAUCAACAAAGGUGUGAUGAAGAAGUUUCAGACUUGAGCAAAGUGGAGGAUGUUUCUAAGUUGGACAAUUCGAAUAUUCCCUAUAGCCGGGAGAUAUUUGAUGGCUUGUGUAUGCGUUUUGAGGAGCCUCAUGGCAAUUGCAGAUGGGAUAGUCCCUUAUUUGUGGCUUUCCCAGAUGAUACUUUAGAAUUCGAGGCAAUAUUUAGUGCGCUCUUUGAAUCUAAACCUUUGCCUCCUAAUAUGUCAACACAAAAUCCUCCUUUAAGUUCCACCAACUAUGUGUUUGAACUAGACCGUUUAACACAUGAUAUUGUGGCCAAUGUGUUGGCAGCUCGAAAAAUUGGUGUCAUGGGACCCGUACCCGUUAAAAAUAGUGAAAUCAAGGUACAAGUACCGGCGAACAUGAAUGCCAUACAAUUAAAUAGACUGAGAAGGCAGUUUCUCAACUAUAGCAAACUGCAUCAUGCUACCUCUAGUACUUUGGACAAGGUGCCACAAUUAUUUGUGCAAUUUCUGAACUCCAAUUGUGGUGGCGAUUAGUACAAAUGGAAAAGAAAACAAGUGAAUAUUAUUAAUGUGCAGUUUUUUUAAUAUAAAGUCUUUAUUUAUAUAAUUUUUAUUACUUAUUCUAGUUUGACCUAAAAAUAAAAAUUCAUUUGUCUUAUAAACAUAAUUUCCAAAUAAAAUGCUUGGAAGUCGUUAAAAAUCGUGUUAACAUUAAAAAUAAAAAAAUAAAAAAAGAAAAGAAAAAAUUAAAAUAUAAA